AUAAAUGGUAAAGAGUUCGUACUUAAAGUAUGGCCAUUUAGAAACCUCCUUCCUGAUAACCUAAUCGAGGAUAUAUUACGUUGCUAUUUAAUUUCAAAUGCCGUACCGCUCUAUAAUGUAUUUCCAAUCAGAUUGGGCAACAUCAACGUUAAAAUCGAGUCUGUUAUAAUUAAUAAAAAGAUCGUACUACUACUUACAAAAUGGAUAGAUGGAAAAACUAUAAAUGAUAAAAGUUCAAAAGAAACUCGAUAUAAAUUUAAUCUUCUUUUUCGAAGUGGAUAUGGAUUUUUAGCUAGAAUAUUCUAUCAUAAAUCACAUAAAACAUUUCAUCAAAAAUGUGAUAAUAAAGGGGCAACGAUUGUUAUAGCAAGAAUUUCCGGUUCGAACAUGCUGGUUGGUGGUUAUAAUCCACUUGAUUGGAAUGGAAAUAAUAUAUGGAAACAAACAAAUGAUAGCUUUAUAUUUUUAUUAAGUGAUCUCAAUAACCCUCAAAGUGCAAAAUUAGGACGUGUUACCAAUAAAACUUAUGCGGUUUAUUGCGGUAAUGAUCACGGACCAACAUUCGGAGGUGUCGAUUUAUUUGAUCCAAAUAACAGGGGUAAUAAGGAACAUUGUGAUUCCUACCCUAACAUCGGUAUUCCGACUUCAUGA